AUGGCGCCAGUUUCUUCACGGGGCAUCAAGAGCUUCGACUUCUACCGUAAAAUUCGUAUCAACUUCAACAUCACCAUGCUUGACGUGCCCUGCGAGUUCGCGACGGUGGACGUCUUGGACGUGCUGGGGACUAAUCAGCAGAACGUGACCAAGAACAUCGAGAAGUGGAACUUGGACCAGAACGCUCAGCGACGCAUGUUUCAAGGCCGCAACCGCGAGCAGCGCGACCUCGUCCACGACGACCACCAUCCGGCUCUGGACCUGGCGCACCAAGACGGCGAGCACGCGCUGCCCCUCGGCAAGGACGACUUCGCGGGCUUCGUGGCGGGGCAGGAGUACGUGUUCGCCAAUUUCUACGCGCCCUGGUGCGUCUGGUGCCAGCGUCUGGCCCCGACCUGGGAGGCCUUCGCCGAGGCGUUGGAGAGACAGCAGUUCAACAUCAAGGUGGUCAAGAUUGACUGCGUGGAACACCGGGACCUGUGCGCAGAGAGCGUGAUCCGCGCCUUCCCCACGCUCCGGCUCUAUAAGGCCGGCAAGGCCAUCUCGCCCGACUACCGCGAAGACAGGACCGUGGAGGCGCUGACCUCGUACAUAGAGCGAACGCUGGACCUGCACGCCAAGGUCGCCUCGUCGGCCCCCGAGCACCGGGAGAAGAUCGAGCGCACGCUCUUCGCUGAGGCCGAGCACCCGGGCUGCCUUCUGAGCGGCUUCCUGCUCGUGAACCGCGUCCCUGGGAACUUCCACAUCGAGGCGCGCAGCAAGUACCACAACUUGAACCCCACCCUCACCAACGUCUCCCACGUAGUGCACGACUUGACCUUUGGGCCGCCCGUGACGCGCGAGUACAGGGAAAAACUGGCCCUCCUGCCCAAGGGCUUUCAACAGACGCGGUCUCCCCUCGCCGACCAGGUCUACGUGGUCUCCAAGGUGCACCACGCUUUCCACCACUACCUCAAGGUUGUCAGCACUCACUACGAGGUGAGCCGGACAUUCGGGGGUCAGAAGAGCACCGUCUUACAGUAUCAAAUGGUGGCCAACUCCCAGGUCAUGCACUAUCAAGACGACGAGGUGCCCGAGGCCAAAUUCUCCUACGACAUUUCCCCCCUCGCUACGGUCAUCAGCUCUAAGAAGAGAGCAUGGUAUGAGUUUUUGACCUCUCUGAUGGCUAUAAUCGGGGGCACUUUCACUGGGAAGGUGCUCAAGCCCAAAAAGAUGUAA